AUGUCUGGCCGUCGCAAUCGUUCUGCAGUUGCAUGCCAAGCAUGCCGUCGUCGCAAAGUCCGGUGCACCGUUACUGUCACCGGCAUUCCGUGCAUCAAUUGUUCCCAGGAUGGGCUGGAGUGCACAGUGGUGCAACGACGAGGGACCCAGCAGACAAGGAAUCAACCAUUGCGCGAGAUUCGCGCGUUUCCUCAUCCGAGAUCCAGCCCGAGGCGGAACGACAGGACAUCCCAAGUCGGUUCCGGUGAGACGGUCGGUGGCCGUACGGUUUCGAAUCUCGCCAGGGACAUGUCGCAGUCCGGACGGGCUGUCUCAGAGCCAACGGCUGCGACAGGAACUACGACCCCGUAUUCCGAGCAAAGCCGGAUCGAAGACGAAGAGCGCAGUGCGGCGGACUUUGCCACGGCUUCGCUGGCGCCCCGGGAUGCCGAAGCAAAUGAUAUGCCUAUAUACACUGGUCUGCUUGCUUGCAUGACCCAAUGUAUUCGGAGACAGCUAACUGUAGUAGGCGAAUCUUUGGGAUUCUCUGCGGUUUUGGAUGUUUUAGCCACACAUGCGGUCCCCAGACAUGUCUUCCGGCCAUCGUCGCAUCCUAGUCUGACCGCUCAAGAUGUCGAGUAUCUCAAGUUCAAAGGAUGCUUGACAUUGCCAUCCAGUGAUAUAUGUCGCGAGCUUCUUCGUGCUUAUUUCCACCACGUGCAUCCUAUUCUACCGGUGGUGGAUGCUGCGCAGGUGUUGAAGUUUGAGCAGCAGCAUGACCGACCAGCCGAAUGGAAUUUGCUGCUUUUGUGGAGCAUCUUUUUUGUGGCAGUCAAUUUUAUUCCUGCCGAGACUUGCACAGUCGCCGGAUACUCUUCCCGGAAAGAGAUGAAGGAGGCCAUGUACUCCCGUGCAAAGUGUAUGUAUAAUAAUGGGGGCGAUGAUAAAAUCACGCAGAUGCAAUCUGCCCUGCUACUCGGAUUCUGGCACUCGGAGAUGAACAACCACGCCCAGCCCUGGUACUGGACGGGCAUUGCAAUCAACCUCGGCCAGAUCAUGGGUCUCCAUCGCGAUCCUGACGCAGUCAAGUUUAAUCCAUCCAUUACAGGCCGUCGGCGAGCUUUAUGGCGGCGCCUAUGGUGGUCAUGUUUCUUUCGAGACCGCUGGCUCGGCCUCGCCCUCGGGCGUCCGCUGAGGAUCAACCUGCUCGAUUGUGAUCUUCCGAUGCCCUCAACCGCGGAUGUGAUGAGUGACUUAUCCGAGGUGUCGCCGUCGGUGGCAAGUCUGUUCAUCCCGGAGGACCUGGCGCAGUUAAGUGAGUAUUGGAUUCUCCUGCUGCGCUUGUCCAAGAUCCUGGGGGAUGUUCUGACCCUGAGCUACCAGCCAAAAAGGCCGAACCCUACUAUUGAGCAAGUUGAAGCAAUAGAGUCGGAGCUUCUAACUCUCGAGAUUCCGCACGAGUGUGCCUCUGACCAGACCGAGUGCGCACGGUUUGCCGUCUACCACUUGCAGUUACAUUAUCAACUAACAACGCGAAGAGCAUUCCUGAUUACGUUCUAUCGCCCUUUCACAAACCGACUGCCGGAAGGCGUGCCUUCAAUCAAUCAGACAAUAUAUCAGUCGGCGGUACGCGCCAAAGUCGACGCUGCUGCACUGCAGACAAACACCAUCCUCGACGCUUUGGCCCGCGAGAAACUUCUCAACUUUGCUGGCCCAAUGACUCCACCUCUCCUCGUCCCCGCCAUGCACAUCCACCUACUCAACUGCAAAUCGGACGAUCCUCUCACGCGGCAGCUCAGUCUCAACAAGCUUGACUUUUGCAUGUUGAUCCUCAAGGUCAUGCAAGAUGUACACACGGCCGCGUCGUACUACCGGGGCAUAUUCUCCGAGGCGAUCCGGCAUCUGUCGUCCACGACGAGCAAGCCAACCGGGCAGGGGCCGGUUGUGGUCGAGACGCCGGCGUCUCUCCCCGGCGAACCGACAAUGGAGACGCUGCUGAGCGGCGAUUUCCUCGACGGACUGAUGGACGAGGCCUCGUUUUUCAACUUCUGGGAACCGCUCAGUAAUAUGUGA